AUAGAUUCUGUGCUCUGUUCUGCCAUAGCCCGUAUAACUUUGUAUCGUUUCCGUUUAGUGUAAUGUCUACUGUUUAAUUUAAUAUAAUGGAAAAAAUAAGUGUAUUUUUGUUAAUGUUCAAUUCGAGCGGAAGUUAUUGAUGUAUAUUUUACGUUUCCUUAAAUUUUUUUCGUACAAUAAUUCAGUUAACUAUGUAUCGUGAAAUUGUCACUUAGCGGUCCAAUCAAUUGUGAAUCGAAGACCGGCAAGCUAACAUCUUUCGAGAUCAAAAAUGAACAAAACACAUAUAUUUUCUCUGUUUUAUCGAGAAUAAAUUCGAAAAGUCACAAUGGGUGUUGAACAUCUUCAAACAUAUUUAGGAAGUCCAAAUUUGGAAGGAGGAGCGGUGUCUGUUGAUUUAUUGAAAAUUGCACGAAAUGUUACCCAAAGACAACAGCCUCACAAUACUAAUCGUAAAAUAAGGCCUAUUGGAAAUAAAUUGAAACUUAUUGUUGAUGCUGAGAAUUGCUUAGAUAGAUUAUAUGGGGGGUACUUCUCAGAUUGGGCCUGUGGAGGUCAAUGGAAUAGAAUGGUACAGUUUUUAUCCCUUUUAACUCAAGCUAUCGAACCUGGAAGCAUUGAAUUGGCUGUGGUUUUCAAUGGAACAAUUGAAAAUUGUAGGAUGAGUGAGUGGAUUGCGGAGCAAGCUCUUUUACGCCAAAGAGUUGCUAGUGUUUUGAAACAUGUUAAUACUAAAGCCACUCCACCACCUAAAGUAUGGUGGAUUCCCCCUACUUUUCUUAGGUCAGCUUUGAGAAUGGCUUUAAGACAUUUGGGUAUUACUGUGAUGUGCACCAUGGAUGAUCACCACCAAGAAGUUAUUGCUUAUUGCCGAGAGUAUGGCUUUCACGGGUUGUUGGCAGAUGAUGCUGAAUAUGCUGCUUUUGAUCCACCUAGAUAUUUUUCUUCAGAAAACUUGAAGUUGACAUAUAAGGGAUCCCUUGAGACAAAAGAAUAUAUGCUGAAGGAGUUGACCAAAACUUUGAAGUUAUCUCAAGAGCAAAUUUGUGUGAUGGCAGCUUUAUUAGGAAAUUUUCUCCUUUCUGAAUCAAGCCUACAGGAUUUGUAUAGGAGGAUUGGUCUAACUGAUAUACCUUGUGACAAUAAAGAAAAAGAAGAUUUGACUAAAAUUGAAGCGAAUAUUAGGCAGUUGGCCGAGUAUAUACAAAAUUUACCACAACCUUCCUCUAUGGAGUCUCUGGUAGAGGCUGUAUUUGGAAAUGUAAAUGACAAGAGAGCAUCUAGGUUCAGGCAAUCUGUACAGUAUUAUCUUAAUGGUACAGCUAGUGGAUUUCUCAAGUACUGUGCACCCGCCGUUACCCCUAAAGAUAGAAAUGCGGAGAAAACUGAUUUCAGUGAUUAUACUAAAUUGGAAGAGAAUAAUUUCAAUCCUAGUGUUGGUUUUGCUUCUGAAACUACAGAGCAAGAACGUGAAACUCUGCAAAAUUACAAAAUGGCCACAGCCAAUGCAGUAAUGUCUUCUGAUAUUUUAGUUGAUACCCAAGAUACUAUCAAAAACCAAGGUAACAACAAUUUUCCAUCAGAUCUUUCACAUUUUAAUGGCUUUACUAAUGGCUCAACAACAAAUACAGUAUUGAAUCGUGGCCAGGUCAACCUGUUAGUUAAUAAUAGUAGCUCUAGUUCAGCAGCCACCACAAAUACCAAAAGAGCCAUUAAAAGCGCUUGUCCUAAAACUAACUUGGUUACCCCUACGGUGGCUGCAGAUGUAUUAAGGACAGCUUCUCUCCGCCACCAGAAGGGCCUUAUGGCACCUCAGAUUCUUCAUGUUUUGAGCACCCAAGAAGUUCGAUUACCUUGUCUGAUGGAAGAUGAACAGAACAGAGAAUUCCCAUCUAUUCAUGAUAUAUAUCAACCACUGCGGCAGAAAGUUUAUGCCGUUAUCUUCAACUUGCAUCAUUUGCGGUAUCUACAUAGCAAAAGAAAAGAAUCUGGAGAAAUCUCAGAAUAUGCCCCACAGCCUGACAUUAUCGUUAAAGAAUGGAAAUACAGUCGGAGCAAUCCUUAUAUAAAACCUGAAGAAGUUAAAGCAGAGCCAUUACCGUGGGCAGUUCCUACCCUACAUAGACUUUGGUUUGGCCCUGCAAUGGACGAUAAACGUAGGAGAAUGAGAGCACUCCUUUCUUGCCUUAAUUCAGAUUCCCCUCUCAUACUGAAUACAUCUUAUGUACCUCAACAUAUGCUCAUUAUGGCUUGUGUUUUGAGGUACAUCAUGUCACAAGACAGACCUAUUAUGAGGCCACAAGAGUUGGACGCUUUUCUUUGUCAAGCUUUCAGUGCUGAUCUAAUGAACGCUCAAUAUCUGCAAGAGUUAACAUUGAGUGUGGUCACAAGCCGAGGUGUUCAACUCGCUACACUAUUCAUGCAGGGUGUUGAAUAUGCUAUUUUGGCAAACGAUGCUUGUGGUGCGCCAUUGCCUUGGCUUAUGUGCUGCCCAUGGCUCUAUUUUGAUGGUAAACUAUUUCAUCAUAUCCUUGCUAGAUCUGCGCAUUCCAAGAAUAUUCUAGAACUCUGCGAAAGCCACAUAGAACGUGUAGUUAAAGUUGAAAGGAUGCGCAAAGCAGUAUUAGAAGGUUUAGAAAUAAAAUUUGCCAAACCUCCUCUAGCUGCUUUCCAAGGUUUGAUACGUCCAAACCUUGGAGGACCAACUUGUAUUCCUCAAAUGCCCAUUCCUUCAGCGAGAAGCACGCCUGGUUUGAGGAGACCUAUCCUAUCCAAAGGGGGUCAGUUGCAAGUAGCAGGUGUGGUUGUUGGAUCUUGGGGGGCUAAUUAUGGCUAUCAGGGUUUGAAUCGUCAACCUCCUGGUCCUGUAAACUUUGGUAGAGGACGUGGAGGCGGCAACCAGUUUCCCCAGAAUUCCGGAGGAAGAGGACAGGGCAAGAAAAACGGCUCCCCAACUUAUCCUGUAGGAAAUAGAAAACAGUCUACAAACAAAAAACGCAAUGCUUCUAACAAAUUUAACAAGAACGGCAACAAAACUGCAACCAAUCAGAUGAGAACUCUGACUGUGAAUACGGAAGAUGGUGAUGUACCAGUGGUCGAAGGGGAAAUAGUUGAUAAUGAAAUUGGUGACAAACGAGAAGGCAACCAGAAAACAGAACAUCAGGGUCAAGGGGACGCACCUCCUAGAACUGGAGAAUCAAAAUUUGCAGACAAUUGAAGAAUUUUGAAGAAAGAAGCCCAUUAAGAAGUAACUGGAUCACUUUUGUGUUUUCUUAAUUCAGAUGUAUUGCCAAAAUCCAUUUAUUUUCAUGUUACUUUAGGUUACCUACCCAACAAUUAAUAUUUUUAUUAUUAAAACUAAGUGAGGAGUGAACUGACUAAGAUAUAUGUGAUUUUGACUGGCAAGAAAUAAAUAGUGGUUAGUUCAGUAAUUAAUAUCAUGGUGCAUUCUGUGCGAGAAAAUUAAAUGCAAGUUAUAGUCAGCUAAGAGAAACUAUUUAAGGAGCCCAAAAAAGUUUGUGAACAAAAACUAACCAUUCUACAAAUUAUUGUGUUCACAAAACGAUUUCAAUAACGCUGACUGAUCUGUUUGAAAGCAUAUGUAUAUUUUUCUAUGUUUGUUACAAAUGUUGAAAUAAAUUUAUAUUGACUGAAGAUUUGCGUUCAGAACGCAACUGUGAUUGUAUUUAUGGUAUUUAUAUACAUUUUAGAUCUGUUGAUAGUGGGAUAUUUAUUCAACAUUAUUACAGUGUGGUUAUUGCACUGUACUAUGAUAUUGAAUAUAUAUUCAAGGAAUGAGAUAAUUUAAAGAUGGUUCUGUAAGUAUACAAAAUUGGUGGUUACUUUGCCUGUAUAUACAGUCUUCAGCAAUCACAAUAAACUUUAUUAUCAAAUGUAGAAGGGGUUAUAUCAACAACAACAAAAUUAUCAGAUAUCAAAAUAUACAUUUUAUUGAUAUAUUUCAAGGUUGAAAAAUUAGAUUUUUUUCAAUAUUCCUGAUUCCUGGUAGCAUCCAUUUGAUAUUUCCCUUUUGCAAGAACAAAAAAAUCCGCUCAUUUGGCUUCCAUUCUAACAUGGAAAUUAAAAUCAAUUGACAGAUUGUUAUGGCUAUAUAACUUAUUGGACAAAUAAUAAUGAUUGCAGUAAAUUACUUAAAAAACAAAUAAAGCAUCAGAAAUGCAUAUUACAUUCCGGAGAAAUUUAAUGAUGCAUCAAAAUAUAAAGAGCCAAAGAGCGGUUUGAACAUUUCGAAAUAACAAAGAAAAUAUUUUGAAAGAUACCAUACAUUGAAAACUUUAGUAAAUGUAAUCCAUUCAAUAAUGGAAACAGGGUGUUUUUGUAAUUUCAAAUGUUCAAUGGUGCAAAAUUUCAUGUUUGUAUGACCAUCCAAAACUCUUUUAGAUGCCUUAAUUGUUUAAAAGAUAAUCUUACAUGCCUGUGUCACAACCAAGUAGAAGAUGCCCAGCUUGGUUGUGUUAAAACAAAAAUAUGAGACAAGACAAGUUUUUCAUAUUGCUUUCAUGUUUGAGGAGCAACAGAAAAGUAAAACUUACGCAAUUAAAAGAAUCUGUAAUAAGGGAUGUUGAUAAUCGGCGUAUUCUAUUAUAAAAUCCCAAAAAUUUUCAAUUUUAUGUAGCUGUUCAUAUUAUACACAUGGUAGAAAAAUUGGUAAAUAUACUUAGCUUCACAAUUUUAUAAAACUGUAUUCAUAUUAUAAUCCAGAUAAUAAAUUAUAAUUGUAAUUGUUUUCAACUAUUUGUGUAAUUUUCCAUUUGAUGAAUCGAUCAAUUUUAGCUGCUAGGAAAAUCAUUUCCUUCGAUAAAAAGAUAAUUUUGAUUUUGAAGUUAUUUAAUUGUUACAAUUAUCGAAUCUUAAAAAUUUUAAGAGUUGAAUCGAUUUAUAAAUGUGUCAUUUUCACAGUCUAGUAAGAUAUGAUAUAUUUCUGUAUUUGUUUUGCUUUGUAAUUUUAGAAAAGUGUUUAUCUAUUGUAAUUUUCUCAGCCUUGCUAUAUUAAUUAUUUUUUCAGCAUCAGCAAAAGGGAAACAAUAAAUCGCCUCUCUUUCAGUGGAAUUGGACUUGCAUCUAUUAAACAUUCUUCUAUCUAAACCUCAUCAUUAAUUAUUCAGGAUCCAAAUUUUGAAUUAUUGUUUCCCCUUUUGAAGUUAAGUAAUUGUAUAUUUAAUUUGAUACAUCAUAGGUGUUUCAGAGUACCCUUAAACAACAUAUAUUUAAGUGUUCAAAUUUCACCUAAACUCACAGUUGAGUAUCUUUUAACUUUUAGAUAUUCAAACCUAGUGUAUAUCAUAUUUCUGUUAAUUCUCUAACUGUAUCUUAUUACAGGCAUAUAUUGAAGUGUUUUGGUCAAAUGUACUGUCCACCAACUCAGAAAAGAUUUUUUAUUUAAUCAAACUUGAAUGUUGAUAAUAGCAUCCAUUUGUUUUGGAUAUGGUCCUUAUAAAUUCCAUGUGUUCAUGGUCAUCGUAAAUAUUCCUCUGUAUUUGAGGCUUUCUCAAGUUUAAUUUAUCUAUUGUGGAUGGAAUCGUUCAGUCCUUAUAUAUAAACCAAAUUCCUGAAAAAACAUUAACUAUUUUGAACAUAAAAUUACUUGUUUGCUCCUUUGAUUUAUUAAUAAUUAUCUGUCCUAAGAACAACUGACGACACUUUGAGUCUAGAUUGUUAUAUAACCAUCUGUUAUUUGUCAUUUCCUUAGAGAAAUUCACAUCAACUUGUGUAUAGUCAAAUUUUUUUCCGUUUCAAAAUUUGCGGACCAUACUCUUUAUUAACAAUUAAGAUAUUAUUCUGAAUCGGUGGCAAAAUAUUAAGUACAUGAUUCAAAGGGCAUCCAUUUUGAAUACUUAGAAAUAGUGGUAACUUAUUUUAUCGAAAACUGGCAACUGAUAUGGGUGUUUGCUUAUUUUCCACUUCUAUAGGCGACUGGUAAAAAUGUUUCAAUUACUGCAAAUCUAGUUUUCAAAGUAUUAAUUUUCUGAAAUUUAAAAUAUGAAACCAUUUUCAACUGUUGAAAUAGUUUCUUGAAUGGGCAUCAAGAGUUUUAGGUUUUGAGAACCAGAGCAGUUGAAAGAAUUUGUUUGACAUAAAUAUUGAACCAUAAGCAUGUGUUUUAUUUAAAUCCAACAAUAUCAGUGUUUUUUUAGAAUCGAAACUUGUUAUUUGGAUUCGGAGGUAAGCUUUGACGCGGGUCAUUUGUGUCAAUUUGAAUUUUCGAAAUUUAUUAAUAUUCCUUGUGAUUUGUGUUUUUUCUUUAGAGUUUUGUAUUAUUUUCGAGUUUUUGAGCAUCCUUUUUUGCGUGUUUGUUUAUUUGUAAACGCGCAAAAUCCGGAGAUUAAUAGAUUCAGUUAUGUCUCUAAAUAGCUCGGGGAGAUUUAACGCCAAAAUAAAAAAAACUGUUGAAAAUUUAGGUGAAGAGAGUGAACAGUUUUCUUUAGCAGAUGUUACCUUAUUGAUAAAUGAUAAAAUUAAUGAACUAAAAAAACAGGCUAUAAAUGAUAAGGACACAGAACUUAUCAACCAAAUUAAAUUAAUAUCACAAUCGCUCUUGCAAAAAAAAGAUCGAAACACUUAAAUAUACAUUAUGAGAUCACGGACCUUUCAUUGUUUUCAUAGAAAGUAAAACGGGGAAUAUACGAAACCUUAACGCCCUCAAAAUUGGUAAACUUCUCUUUUAAAAUGAAAACUUUAACUUUAAAAUAGUUGGAAUAACGAGAAAAGGAAAAACAAUAUGAGUAGAAUUUUAUACAGCUAGUGGAGCUGAAGGCGCAGACCAUGUCACGUUUGGAUUCUUUUGAGAUGUGGUUAUACCGACGGAUACUAAAGAUAUUAUGGACCGAACGAGUAACAAAUGAUAGGGUACUCGAAAGAAUGGAUAAAGAACGGGAACUUUUAACAACAGUAAAGCGAAGAAAAGCAGCUUAUUUCGGCCAUAUUUUUAGGAACAGCAAGUACAGUUUUCUGCAACUAAUCGUUGAGGGAAAGAUCGAAGGACGAAGAGGCGUCGGGCGUAAAAGAUUCUCUUGGCUGCGAAAUCUACGCCAGUGGUUUGAUAUAAGAGAGGCCAGUACGAUCAUCCAUUUGGCACGAGACAGAGAGGAAUUCCAGUUGAUGGUCGCCAACCUCCGUUGAGGAGACGGCACUUAAAGAAGAAGUGGAGCUAAUAGAUUUGUUGAUAGUCCUCUACUUCCGGAAUACAAUAUUAUUAUACUGGCUUAUUACUUAACGGUUAAGGGAAUAAUUCCAGAUAUAGACUUGGAUAUAACAGACAAAGAAAAUAGAAACUAUGCUAACUCGGAUGCGGAAGUUAUUAAAGUUUGAAGAAUUAAACGAAGAACAACAAAAAAAGGUGAAAUACAAUAUGUAAAUUCUAGAUCAUGUUUAGUUACAUUAAGAAGCUCAAUAGUCAAGAUUGUCAACUUAUAUAACAUAUCAUAAUUACUUAAAAGAUAAUUAAUAUAUCAGUCCCAUCAUACAAUGCUAUAACUGUUUACGCUUCGGGUACACAGCUAAUAUAUGUAGAGGAAAGAAAAGAUGCAGAAAUUCCGGCGGGGAACACGAUGAGGAAGAAUGUAAUUUCUCAAUCAAAUACUUUUACUGCGUAGAACCCCAUUCAGUGAUUGACAGAAUAUGUAGAGAAUAUAAGAAGCAAUAGCAAUCCAGAAAUACACGUACUAUGAGGCUAACCUACUUUAAAAGAAACAAAAACAAUAUAAUAUUCAGAAUAAUGGCUACAAUAAAACAUUCCCCACACUCUCACGAUCAGAGCUAGCUGAUAAUAACGGAACUAAUUCCAAUCACGGUUGGAAAAGUUACAUAUGCGGAAAAAAUAAAGAAUAAAAUUCAAACGGCGAACACAAAAAUUUCAGGUCAUAGAAUAACUAAUUGUGCUCCUAGAAAGCGCACCGCUAAGCAACAAGAUGCGUAUAAUCGUGAAAAAAUAAAAAAAAUGCUUAUAUAUUAUCAAUACAGACUCACAUACCCAGCAAAUAUUGGAAAAUCAGUAUUAACUAAUGAACAACCUUUCGUAUCGCAACAAAAUAAGAACACAGAAGAAGCAAUGGAAAAAAUUGAUUUCUCAAUACCCGAUAGUUUGGGAAAUAGUAUGCAGUACUCAGAAUUUGAUGAAAACCUACAUGGCGAAUUAAUAAUACAUUAAGUUAGAUACAACAACUCCUUUGAUUUAUUAAUAAUUAUCUGUCCUAAGAACAACUGACGACACUUUGAGUGUAGAUUGUUAUAUAACCAUCUGUUAUUUGUCAUUUCCUUAGAGAAAUUCACAUCAACUUGUGUAUAGUCAAAUUUUUUUCCGUUUCAAAAUUUGCGGACCAUACCCUUUAUUAACAAUUAAGAUAUUAUUCUGAAUCGGUGGCAAAAUAUUAAGUACAUGAUUCAAAGGGCAUCCAUUUUGAAUACUUAGAAUAAGUGGUAACUUAUUUUAUCGAAAACUGGCAACUGAUAUGGGUGUUUGCUUAUUUUCCACUUCUAUAGGCGACUGGUAAAAAUGUUUCGAUUACUGCAAAUCUAGUUUUCAAAGUAUUAAUUUUCUGAAAUUUAAAAUAUAAAACCAUUUUCAACUGUUGAAAUAGUUUCUUGAAUGGGCAUCAAGAGUUUUAGGUUUUGAGAACCAGAGCAAUUGAAAGAAUUUGUUUGACAUAAAUAUUGAACCAUAA